UCAAAGUGUUGUUUCUUUUCUUAUCUGCAGCACAUUUGUACUUCAGGCCCAUGGAAAUGUUUGCCAGUUACAUGUAAGUUGUGCGCGUUCCUCUGCAGGCAGUAGCCUUCCAGACAAUGGCUGGUCUUCGUUUUCGAUGCUUCUGUUAUGGCAUCAUUGUGUCUUCAAUUACAUGGGCUAUUAUCAUCUACAUGAUUUUAGCUGACGUAAGUCGUCAGGAGCGGCAGCCAGUCAAUGAUCAGCAAUACAUGUAUAAGAGACAUCCACACCGUUUAGUUGUAAACCAUCCUCAACAGUUUGUCAAGCCUUGGAAAGCAAACCAUCAAGGAAAAGCUGUGCUUCUGGAUGGGAAUGAUGAUCUGAAAAAUAAUGUUUUAUUUGAUUUGGAUGAUAGAAAUCACAAUCAGAAUGUCCAGUUCGGACAUGAAGCAGUUAAACACAAUGGCAUUGACCAACAGGCGAUGGGUGUUGGGAAAAGUGACAGUGAACUAGGAAUGAUAAAAACAGCUGAAGACAGAAGGUUGAGAGAUGAAGGUUUCAGACGACAUGCCUUCAAUGAAUUAGUCAGCACUAGGAUAGGAUAUCACCGUAGUGUACCUGACUCACGCAAUCCCUUAUGUAAAUACAAAGUGCAUCCCAGAGAGCUUCCCAAAGUCAGCAUACUCAUUUGUUUUUAUAAUGAAGCCUGGUCUACACUACUGCGCACUGUAUAUAGUGUUUUGGAUAGAACUCCAAGAGAAUUAAUUCAAGAAAUUAUCCUACUUGAUGAUUAUAGUGAUUUUGAUCAUUUGAAAGCCGAACUUGACACAUACGUACAUGAACAUCUGUCUCCAGUGGUGAGAGUACUACAUAAUAGCCAGAGGGAGGGUUUAAUCCGAGCAAGAACCAUUGCUGCUAGACAAGCUACAGGGGAGGUGCUCAUGUUUUUGGACAGUCAUUGUGAGGUGAAUGAGAAGUGGUUAGAGCCUCUUCUGGAACGUAUCCAACAUAAUAGCCAUACUGUUGUAUGCCCCAUCAUUGAUAUCAUCAAUUCAGAUACCUUUGAUUACCAAACAUCGCCUAUGGUCAAAGGUGGGUUCAAUUGGGGACUUCAUUUCAAGUGGGAAAAUCUUAACAGUAGUCAACUCACUGGAAAAGAAGAUUUUGUCAAGCCAUUCAGCUCACCUACCAUGGCAGGAGGUCUGUUUGCCAUCAACAGUGCAUACUUUCAUAAGCUUGGUGCAUACGAUGAAGGUAUGGAUAUAUGGGGUGGAGAAAACUUGGAAAUAUCAUUUCGGAUAUGGCAGUGUGGAGGUACAUUAGAGAUUGUACCAUGUUCAAGGGUGGGCCAUGUUUUUCGAAAACGACGGCCAUAUGGUUCCCCAUCUGGCAAAGAUACAACACUGUACAAUGCCCUGCGAGUGGCACACGUUUGGAUGGACGAUUAUAAGGAAUUCUUUUUUCAAACAAAUAGUCAUGCCCGAGGCAUGGAAUAUGGUGAUGUAUCUGGCAGAGUUCAACUGAGACAACAGCUUCAGUGCAAAUCCUUCAAGUGGUAUCUAGACAAUGUUUACCCUGAAAUGAGGUUUCCUAAUGAAUCCAGCAAUGCUGUCGCCCAUCAAGCACUUCAUGAGAAGAAGAGACCACCUCUAGCAAUAAGGAAAGGACUGCUGUAUCAGCCAUCCCUGUCAUUAUGCAUGGUAGCUGAGGAUUCAGCCAUUCAGAAGGGAUCUAAACUGUUGUUACAGAAAUGCAGUAGAAGACAGAAGAAUCAGCUGUGGUAUGAGAGUGAGUCACAUGAGUUACGUCUUGCUGAUUUUCUUUGCCUUGAUCAACCAGAGAGUAAUAGUGCUGCUCUGCCAAGACUUAUGAAAUGUCAUGCAUCAAGGGGAGCACAGGAAUGGAGAUUUUAUGGUCAGCGGCUGUAUCAUCCAAGUACGGGACUGUGCCUAGCUAGCAAGAAGGAUGGAGAUGCCAUCCAUGCAGCUCUUCAAAUAUGCAGUGAUGCUACAGAACAGGUCUGGCUAUUCCAAACAUGAGGAGUUACCAAGACCAAGAUAGCCUCAAGGCUGGUUAAUACUCAGCAAGAAAGUAAACAUGAAUGCUAUUUUUAUAUCAUGAAGUAUCCAUGGCAUCAUUUGAUCAAGUUAAAAUCUAAUAUCACCAACACUCAAGCCAGAUUAUUUAGGGUAGAGGUAUCUCUACCCUAAAACAGUCUUGCACAGGGCUGUUUGCUUGAGUCAUGGAGGUAAAAACAGAUCCAAGAAAUGCCCAGCGACUUAAAUGUAAUAGCUUUGCAGUCAGACCAGCUUCAAUGAAGUCAUUGGUUGGGGUGAAGGAGGGUAGGAGCCACUGGGCGUGGUCAAACUGGGGAAGCCAACAUUGCAUGCCUGAUGACGACGCUUGGAGUUGGUAGCUGAGUAGACAGAUGAUGUCACAAUGAUUAAGUCUUACCAUUGGACAUGCUCCAGGCACCUCAAUGCAUUCAUAUCAAGCUCAUCAAGACAUUGCUGGUUAUCCAAGCUGCUGGGACUUACCAAUCAAGAUUCAUAUGCUGUCCGCGCUGAAUGCUGGCAUUAGCAGAGGUAAUCCGCUAUUUGUUUAAACAGUAGCAUUGUUUGCCGCUGCCGGCACAAGUGGAUUAUCAGUGGGGACAAAGCACUCCAACACUCCAGCGAUGAGCUAUACAAUACAGCUGCGUGCUCCUUGGAAUCUGGCCGCAUUAGUACAGACAAUACUACUGUGCAGCAUGCAUUAUGCCGAUGUGCGCGAUGAAUGGCCUGGUUCACCCUCACAGCCCACGCACUGCUUGACCAUCAAUUGUUCUGCAUAGUAACAAGGCCAUCCAGCGUAGCAGAGAGGAAAUAACGCAACACCGCACAAUGGGGGCUCUUUACUGGGCUGCCGGCGUGGCUUCAAUACACGUCAAUGAGGGUUUGCCUGUCAGAUAAGACUUACCACGAGACAGUUAUUUGUUUCGGUGUACGAAUCCAGUAAAAGAAGAUAUGAAUUUUUGAAGAAUUUUGAAAAAAGGAAAAACAUUAAAAAGCAGGUGAUUCAUACCACUAACUCCACCUGGCAUGUAGUGGUUAAGUGUUUUAGGCUGGUAUAUUUGUAAAAUGUGCUAUUUUCAUUUCAGACUCUCAAAAUGUUAUUCAUUUAAAUGCUGUUUGUGCAUUAUGCAGAAAUGAAAAAGACCCACUGAGGGCAGAGACCUCCAAAGGUGAAUAAGCUUGGCCUGGACCAUUAUUUUGCUGUCGUAGGUUGCUUUAAAUGUGUACAAGAAUCCAGUUUCUACCACUUCGUUUCUUUCAUUUUCUUCAUUGUUAACAGUCAUUGCACAGACACAUGGGGGACUACAAGUAACUGUGAAGCUCUAGAUGUUUAAAGAACGAUGUUCAUUAAAAGUAGGAGUAGGGCAUACCUCAUAUGAUGAAGGGUAAAUAUUAGCCCCACAGUCCAUAUGUACAUUUAAUGAAACAAAAUGAUUUUCCUGUUUUUGAAUGUAUAAUCUGAUGGACCUCAAUAGCAACAUUUUUGAUGAUGUUUUAGUAUAUGACUAUAUAAGAAAAUAUUUAGUUCUCAUAUUUAACCCUCAAAUACUUCAUAGCUUCCAAUUUCAGUAUAUAUAUCCAUGUUAUGUUCAUUGGUUUCUUUCAAAAAUUCUUGUUUUGGUGUUAUCUAUUUUUGUCUUUUAGCUUUAUGUGAAAGUUAAGUUUUGUUCAAAGGGACAAUGAAAGCAAAUGAACUGUGGCUUGUGCAAAUGUUGGAUUCACGUCAAGUUUGAGGGGGAAGUCUGUAUCACCCAUGAAUUCAUAUGUGCCUUGUGAUUGACCAAUGUAAUUUUCAGUUGCUGGUAGACUGGAACUUGUAUUUACUGCUCGAGUGUGCCAUGCGGCCAAAUAAUUCAACAGCAUGUGUGAUAAUGAUCUACCAAUUAGAUGGUGGGCAUUAUUCAAGCAUAGCGUAAUUUUUUGUAUUGUCAUAAGGCAUUUUGCUGGCCUGAUUCAGAAAGCUUAUCAACAGCAAUAAUACCAGAAUAUGUGAUAUUGGCAA